AAUUAAAAGCUGCAAGGGCGCCAGCGAAUUUCCCAUACGCGUGCGGCCGUAUAGUCUGAAUCCUCUUUCAUGUAUGCACAUGUUUAGGAAUUCAUGCUAGCCAACAUAUGGCAACCCUAGGACGACAACAACAAUUGGCGCGAUUGUCGGAGUCGAGCGGCGCUCGCCAAGUUGCAGAGGCCAGAACCUGACGCGAUGUCGGAAGCAGCCAAUGCUGCAGGUGCCGAUUCGCGACUCCUGCCGUCGCGGCAUCUCUUGCGGGCCAUACUGCUCACUCGCGUCGAGGCCCUUGAACUGCACGCGACCGCCAACUUGCUCUGCCAUCUGGGCUUCCGGCCCCCGGCGCCCAAGGGAGCACUCAUCUUCUUGAGUGCUAUCGACGCAAGUGGUAGCAGUGGCCCCAGCUCAUGUGCUGUGGUGCGGCGGCUCGUGAACGUGGUCCGAACAGAGGCUCUGGCGGCGGUGCCGUACGGGCCCCCGAUAGAGGAACUGGCUUGCUGCGUGGAGGAGGGUGAAAAUGGGAGCCGGACGUAUGCGCUACGCUGUGUGCUGGACGCGGAGCCGAGUGAGCAGCAAUGGCGGGGGGCGGUGGCGGAGCUCUGCAGCCGCCUGCUGCAGGGCCAGGCGAGGCACUUUACAAUGCAAGAGGUCCAGGCCACGGCCCACCGCCUGGCAGUGCUGCGGGCCUGUGCGCUCAAGUUCAUGCAAUUGCCUUACGCAGCCCCCCCAAAGCAGCGGCAGCAUCAAAAGCAGCCCGCAGGCGACACCCAGGGCCCGGGCGACGCGGACGCAGAUUUCGCCGACGGCACGGGAGUAACAAGCGGCUGCAAUGGUGGUGUUGGUGGUGGUCGUGGAGGCGGCAGCUUUGGCAGUGGUGGCACCGAGGCGGCUGUGGCGCUGGGUGGGUUGCGGCAAAGGCACCGGGAGGUGGCGGCGCUCCUGUCCGCCAAGGUCGCGGCCGCAAGCCAAGCACGUCUGGCGGACUGGGCUCGGAGCUGCAAGGGCUGGAGCGAAGCGGCCGCGCAGCGAGUGGUGGCGGCGGCUGCCGCGGCGGCAGCGGCGCAUGACAUGGCGGCGGCCGCCGCAGCGCAGGCGGCGGAGCUGGCCGCUGCUGCUGUUGCUUUUGCUGCGGGAGCCACUCGACGCGCAUCGCUUGGCAGCGGCGACGCCGACAGUGACCAGCGGCUGCUGAUGCGCAGGAGCAGCAGCGGCUCCGGCGGCCGCACGGCUGCGGUGGGUAUCGAGCUGGCACCUGGCGGUCGGGGGCUGGGCGGUAUGGAGAUCGACCAGCGCGACCAGCCGCCAUCACGGCCGCAGCCGCAGCCGCAGCCAGAGCCGGAGCCGCUGCCAGAGCCAGAGCCAGAGCCAGAGCCAGAGCCAGAGCCAGAGCCAGAGCCAGAGCCAGAGCCAGAGCCAGAGCCAGAGCCAGAGCCAGAGCCAGAGCCGGAGCUGGAGCCGGAGCCGGAGCCGGAGCCAGAACGGCUACUGCAAUCAUCACCGCAGCCGCAGCCGACACCGCCGGCGCAUUCAACACUGCAACCGGCGGGCGCGGGCGUGGAGAUGGGCGAUGCUGCCCCAUCCUCCGCCGCGCGCUCAGACGGCGACAGGCAGCAGCACGCGGCAGCAACAAGCCCAGCAGCUGCACGCGGCAGCGGCCCGUCAGCCGAGCCCUCCGGAACCUUGACGGCGAUCGCGCGACGGCCACAGCCACUGUUGCCGCCUCCCCCUGCACAGCUCUUUCCAUGGCUUGCACGCAAGGGCCUGCCAGCGCCGACGGUGCUGCCUGCAGACGUGCUUGCGACCGCGGCUGCAGCCGCUGCAGUCGGCGGCCCUCCCAGCACAUCCGCUGCCGCAACCUCAGCUCCAAACUCCGCUGGUGCCGACGCCACCGGUGGCGGUGCUGGACAACAGCAGCAACAGCAGCCCGCCUGCGGGGCGACAGAGCAUGCAGGCUCAGGGGCAAGGGUGCUGCCGCCACAGGAGCCAGCGGCGGCGCAUGCGGCGGCUGCCCAGGAGGGCGGCCGCAGCGCGGCAGGCGUGCCACUUCAGCGGCAGGAAGACCCGCUGCCUGCACCGCUGGUGUCUGAAUUCAUGGCGGCUGCGAGGGAGCUUGCACCGGCAGGCCCGGCGUAUGGUGCGGCGCCUGUGCGGCUGUGGGAACGCGCGUGGGCAUCGGCAGGAGGCCCUGCAGACGCGUCAGCGGAGCUGGGGCGAUCGUGGCGGCAGCAGCAGCAACAGGAGCAGGAGCAGGAGCGUGCGUGGCGCGAUGAAGAGGAAUUACUGGGAUAUCGCUACUGCCGCUCCUUCAGUACAGAGGCCGCGGUCGGCGGCUUUGCGGGUCUUCCGGGAGGAGCUGCGUGGGGCUCGGGGCUGUCCGUGCAGCUGGGCUGGCCGGCGGCGGCUGGAGGCACACACGGCGCGGGUGGCUUGGUCAGCAGCGCCCCUGACGCCGCCUGGAGACCCGCAGGCUGGGGCUCAGUGGGUGGGGAGGAGGCAGUGCAGCAUGAGGCGGAGGCGGCAGCGCCGGCGCCAGCCCCGCAGGUGGUGUCUGGACCAGUGGCCGUCGCUCAGGAGACAUCGCCGCUGGCUGCGGCGGCGGCGGCGGCUACGGCAGCGGCCGCGGCCGCCGCUGCGGCUGCAGCGACGCCUCCAGCUGUAUCGCCAGAGUCGUCCCCGUCGAUGGACAUAUCCUCUGGCUCGCCGGCAUGUCCGCCUCCGCCUCCGCCUCCGCCGCCACCACCGCGCGACUCCGCGUCUCCUUCUCCGCCGCCGCCACAGGACCCUCCUGUGCCGCCCCCGCCUCCAUCGCCACAUGGCUCUCCGUGCUCGGCGCCUCCCCCUCCGCCGCCGCCACCGGACGCUCUCCGGUCGCCCCCGCCUCCUCUGCCACCUUCGGCUGCGCCCAACGACAGCCACCAGUCGCAGCAGGUGCCCGUUGCGGCUCCAGACGCGGCAGGCGCCAGCAGGGCAGCCAGCCACGAAGCCUACUGGCCCGCGGGGGCUGCCGGCAGUCCUUAUACCGCCGGUUACGAAGACGCGGCGGUAGUCGCCCAGUUGGAAGCAUUGGCGGCGCGGGCGCGAGCAGUGGCGCAAAGCCCGCCAGAACGGUCUGAUGUCACGUUCCCGAUCCGCAGCUACUCUCUGUCCUCGGACUCGGCAGUCUCGUACUCGCCCACACGCCAUGUCGCUGACGGCAACGGCGAGGGCAGCUGCGAUGGUGCCCGCGGCGACCGCGGCAGCGACGGUGACAGCGGAAGCAGAAGCGAAAGCGACAGUGCAAGGCACAGCGGCGGGGAUAGCGACCGCGGAAAGUACGGCGAUAGCGACGGCGACGGCGGAAGUGGCAGCCGCAGUGACAGGGUUGGCGGUGUGAACGGUGAUGGUGGCACCGGCUCCGAGGUGGCACAGAGCCGGGGGCUCUGGGCGGGUGGUGAGCGGGUGGACCUGCCGCUCCCGCCCCCACCACCCUUCCCGCCCCCACCACCCUUCCCGCCGCCGGCUCCGCUGCAUCCCUGGGGGAACGCUACCACAAGCCUGGACGGCACAGGCAGCGCAGGCGGUGCUGCCGUCGGUGGUGGCAUGGGCGUCACAGACCAGCCGCCUGCACGCAAGCGGCGCCGGCUGACACGCUGGGGCCCAGAGCCUGUCGCUCAGUCGGAUGGUGAGGGCGCGGCUGACGGUCUCGGUACAUCAGGCAGGGACGCCGAUACCGAUGCAGGAGGCGGUGGCGGUGGUGGUGUUCACAGGUCAGGCGAGGACGAGGAGAUGCAUGCUGCCAAGGAGCAAAGCAGCAGCCCAGCGCCCCGUCGUCUGGGCUCACGCAGCCGCGCGGAAUGCAAGGGCCCCGGCUCACACCGGAGCCGCAGCCGAAGCAGGAGCCGGAGCCGGAGCAGGAGGCGAGGGCGGGAGGGGUUCCGCAACCGCAGUGACAGUAGGGGCCGGGACCGAAGCCGAAGCAGAAACCGCAGCAACGAUCGGAACCGCAGCCGGAGCUCAAGCCGGGGCUGGAACCGAGACCGGAACCGUGACCGGGACCAGAGCCGGAGCUGCAGCCGCAGCCACAGCCGGAGCAGCAGCAGAAGCCGGAGCAGAGAGCGAGGCAACACCAAUCGUAAAAGCGGCCGCAACCACCGGCGCAAGGCAGGGCCGGGGCCUGUGAACAAGCAGGAGGAGGCUUACGUGGACAAGUUGGCAACGUUCGUACGCCACAACCCGGGAGUCCAUCUCUCUGACCUGUUCCGGAGGGGCAUGGAUGUCCCGCGAGAGGUGUCCAGCCGCUACAAGAACAUCACAGGGUUCCUCAAGAAGUACGCCAACAAGUGCUGGGACCUGACCGCUGAAAACCCCAUUCGGCUGUAUGCGGUGGGCAAGGCCCCCCCGCGAGUGCUCGUGUCAGGGGCUUGGCGGCGGUGAUAGGAUGUCCCUGUGGGGCGGACCCUCUGGGCCCCGUUGCAUGGAAGGCCGAGGUCAAGUUCAAGGUCGAGGUGAUGGCUGAUGGUCCAUGGAUUGCGGGCUGUGCUGGUGUCGGUGGGGGAGGAGCCGAGGAGGAGCCCUGGCGCAGUGGCGCUGGUGAGGUGGCUAGCGGCGCACGUGUGUGGGCUGUAAAAUCGUGCAGUGAUAUUAAAGUUUGGCUGGGGUAGGGUAGUAAUACGACUAGCCAGAGAGCUUGAGAGCUCCGUGGGACGGAAUGACUGACCGGGCGAAGGGCGUGCGAAAGGCGGUGUGCAGCGUGUUCGUGUUUGUGCACAGUUGGAGGUUAAUGACGAGUGUUGCGGAACUAAUGCGUACGCAGACGAGGUGGGAUGCCUGCCAGAGUACCCGAGCCAUGUUUCAGAAUACCGGUAGAUGCGCUGACAUGCGGGUUGUGCGCAGUGCGCUUUUGGAGUUAAAUGGGGCUGGACAGGGCUAUUGAGAGUGAUCACCAUGGCGCUGACUGAUGGACACGACCUUUUUGUCUCCUUGCCAGGGCUUGCAUCUUCGCGGAGCGGCAAGAAGCGGGCCCCAAUGUAGGCUCUCGGGCGAGAAAGCUUGGGCAAUUCUGGGGAUGCAUUCUCGCCGCGUACCGUAUGACUGCAUACGGUCCCCAAAUCUCGCCAACUAUCGCUUCCUGGGGGGGGGGGUUGGGGAGACGCUUAAAACUAGGCAUUUCUGGGGCCCCGGAUGCCGUGGACGAGAACGUGGUUAAGGCCUUUCUCGCCUGCCAGGAAGAUGCAAGUCCUUGCAUCGGCACCAGCUUUCUUGGAUGGACAAGUUCGCAUGCAGUGCAACGACAGGCGGCAGUUGUGGUGUUCAGAACCUGCCGAGGCCAGCAGCAACCAGGGUAAUCCAGGAGCGCUGUUCGCUGGUGUAAUCUGGCCGUACU